AAAACUUGUUAGUCUGUCGCGAUUUGAAGGUGCGCGUGGAGUGUGGUGUCUUUAGGGCCAAAUUUGCGAAAGCAAAAUGACUAUCUUCAGACAAUGUCUACUGGUGGUGUUUACGAUUGUAUUUUGGCCGUUGAUCUUAGGACAGUAUUACAGUAUAAAUUUGGGCCCCGAUGAAGCCACUCUACUGGCACAGCCUAUUGCAACACCUCCCACCGGUGGACCCGUGCAGGAAGUGAGUCCCAAAAUAACACCGUUGGAUGCAAUGAUCGAUAAAACAAACCAUCUCGGAUUUCGCAUCUUAUAUCUACAUUCGAAAGGAAAUAAAAACAACAUCGCCUUCUCGCCAUGUGCUCUGGCCAGUAUCCUAGUGGCACUGUAUGAAGGGGCGGAUGGCAAAAGUGCGUCCGAAAUACACGAGAAUCUGGUGCUGCCAUUUGAUAAGGACAUUCUGCGAGUUGGCUACCGGGACAUUCAUCGAAGAUUGAGGAGUUACUUCUACCAGAAGGAGAACCUGCUCAGCGGACUCAGUCUGAGCAGUGAAAAUAUAACCAUACGCCCCGAGUACGAAUCCGUACUGAAAUUCUACGGUUACGAUCUAGAAAACAUUCCCGAAAUGAAAAUGCGAACAACAACCACAACGGCAAUUCCUCCAACCUACCCAGACGCAAUGGACACCAGCACCUAUACCAGUGAGUCUGAAAUGACAUAUAGCAGUGAGGAGACCCACCUCACAACCGAAUCUAUGCCAACAACCAUAGAUUUGUCAAUGGGGUCAGCGGAACCAGAGGACGAAGAAAAAGAACCAGACGAUGGGACAACUACCACCGCAGUCACGGAACAAACUGAAGCCGAACUAGAAACAACCACUGUCGCUGAAGAAUCUAACGAAACAGACACAACAUCAGAAUCCAACGAAACCGAAUCUGUAACCGAAACCGAAACAUCGGACGCUACUACUGAAGAACAAUCGGACACGACACCAGCAGAAGAAGCUACCGAAGCUGGGGAGAAACGUCGUCGAAAUCUGAAGAAACGGGGGCAGAAAUCCAAUCAAAUGAUUCGACGACAAUCUCACCCUAACUAUCGGAAACGGAUCUUACGAAGCAAGCGCACUCCGGAAGAGAUUGAUGUGAUCGGUCAUCAACGAUUUCUUCAAAACUUUUUACUUCAAGAUGUUACUACAUCAUCGCCAUUUGCCGCAUUUCCCGCCUUCUCAGAACGAAUCAAUCAAUUUCAGCAGGAUCGACUACUUGAUGAUACCAUCGAACACAAUUUCUUCCUGAGCGAGGUGGAAACGGUAAAAGUACCAUACAAAAUCUAUAACACAAUUCUCAAGUACGCCUACAUCGAACGGUUGCAAUCAACGGUCCUGGAGCUUGAAUUGGAUUCAGACGACUACAAGCUGAUCAUUCUAUUGCCAGACUACGAAUUCGGACUGGGAAACCUGAUGAAGCUUUUGCAGAUUGGGGAAAAUGUUCCCAACCUGAGAGAUAUCGUCAAACAGAUGACACCUUCCUGGGUAAAAACAAUCGUUCCCAAGUUUAAUCUAAAAGGAAAUAUUAUUCUAACUAGUGAUCUUCAAAAUAUGGGCAUCAACGACAUAUUCGAACCGACGCGUGCCGAUUUCACACCCAUGACGGAAGAUCCGUUAGUAUACGCAAAGCACAUCCAGCAAUCAAUCAACAUCAACAUACGAACACAAUCGCUACAACAACUCAAAAGAUUUACGUCGCUGUACAAGAACCCAAUCGAACUGGCGAUCAACUAUCCAUUCCUAUUCUGUAUUUUAGAUAAAGAAAUGGACUUGGCACUUAUUACCGGACGAAUACUGAAUCCAUUGAACUCUCGUAUUCAUUAAACCAUUAAA